CACGUGUGUAGGCAGUGCACGCGGACACUUCGGUCCUCAUCAUGAGUGCUUCAGGCUCAUGACGACGGAAGGCUUUUCCCGAACACCACGGCGUGAGGUUUGUUUUUACAACAUCAGACCUGAAGCGUGGAUUUAACGCGAGUCUCGCACCUUUCUUCUUCUUCUUCUUCUUCUUCUUCUUCUUCUUCUUCUUCUUCUUCUUCUUGUUUUGACCGCGACAAAACGUUAGUCUGGCCGCCGUGAAUGGGCACACAGGAGUGGGCUGCUGCCCACCAAGUCUGACUGUGUUUCGGAGCGGCUGAGAAGAAGAAGAAGAAGAAGAUAAGAAGAACAGAAGAAGAGGAGGAGGAGGAGGAGGAGGAGGAGAAGAAGAUGUGAUAAAUCCGCAGGCACCGCCGCAGAUCUCAGCCAACAACAUGCAGAAAGGGAUGAGACUCAAUGACGGACACAUCACCUAUCUGGCUCUUUUGGCGAAGAAGGACGGCACGAGGCGAGGCUGCCUGAGUAAGAAAAGCUCCGACAACACAAAAUGGCAUUCAAAGUGGUUCGCUUUGUUGCAGAACAUGCUGUUUUAUUUCGAGAACGACUCCAGCUCACGCCCCUCCGGACUGUACCUGUUGGAGGGAUGUGUUUGUGACAGAGCACCGUCACCCAAACCCUCUCUGUCAGCCAAGGAAUGUUUGGAGAAGCAGUAUUAUUUCACUGUCACGUUUAAUCAUGACAACCAGAAGGCUUUGGAGCUGCGCACCGAGGACGUCAAGGACUGUGAUGAGUGGGUUGCUGCUAUCACACAGGCCAGUUACAGGAACCUGGCUACGGAGCAUGAGACCCUCAUGCAGAAGUACCUCCAUCUACUCCAAAUCGUGGAAACAGAGAAAACGGUUGCCAAGCAACUUCGACAACAGAUAGAGGAUGGGGAAAUCGAGAUAGAGCGUCUAAAAGCCGAGAUUGCUGGACUGCUCAAGGACAACGAGAAAAUCCAGUCAAAUCCAGAAGUGCCACCCAGUGACGAUGACACAGAGAUCAAGAAGAUCAAGAAGGUCCAGAGCUUCCUGCGCGGUUGGAUUUGCCGCAGGAAGUGGAAGACCAUCAUCCAGGACUACAUUCGGUCCCCACAUGCCGAGAGCAUGAGGAAGAGGAACCAAGUGGUGUUCAGCAUGCUGGAGGCUGAGGCGGAAUACGUCCAGCAACUCCACAUCCUGGUCAACAACUUCCUGCGGCCGCUCCGCAUGGCCGCCAGCUCCAAGAAGCCGCCCAUUACCCACGAUGAUGUCAGCAGCAUUUUCCUUAACAGUGAGACCAUCAUGUUCCUGCACCAAAUCUUCUACCAGGGUCUGAAGGCCAGGAUAUCCAGCUGGCCGACAUUAGUUCUGGCGGACCUGUUCGACAUCCUGCUGCCUAUGCUGAACAUCUACCAGGAGUUUGUGAGGAACCACCAGUACAGCCUGCAGAUCCUGGCCCACUGCAAGCAGAAUCGUGACUUUGACAAGCUGCUGAAGCAGUACGAGGCCAAACCUGACUGUGAGGAGAGGACGCUGGAGACUUUCCUCACCUAUCCCAUGUUUCAAAUCCCUCGUUACAUCCUGACGCUGCACGAGUUGUUGGCUCACACGCCCCACGAGCACGUGGAGAGGAAUAGUUUGGACUAUGCUAAGUCAAAACUCGAGGAACUUUCCAGAAUCAUGCACGAUGAGGUGAGUGAGACGGAGAACAUCAGGAAGAACUUGGCCAUUGAGCGGAUGAUUGUGGAGGGCUGUGAAGUUUUGCUGGACACCAGCCAGACUUUCGUCAGGCAAGGUUCUCUGAUCCAGGUACCAAUGAGUGAGAAAGGGAAGAUUACGAGAGGCCGACUGGGCUCUCUGUCUCUGAAGAAGGAAGGAGAGCGACAGUGUUUCCUCUUCUCCAAACAUCUCAUCAUCUGUACCCGAGGCUCCGGAGGAAAACUUCACAUCACUAAGAAUGGAGUGGUCUCUCUCAUAGACUGCACACUGAUGGAGGAGCCAGAGGGCACAGAUGAUGAGUCCAAAGGGGAGCGGAGUGGCCAGGAUGCAGAGCAUCUGGACUUUAAAGUGAUCGUAGAGCCCAAAGACGUGCAGCCUUACACCGUCAUCCUGGUGGCUUCAUCCCGACAGGAGAAGUCAGCAUGGACCAGUGACAUUAGCCAGUGCAUCGACAACAUCCGCUGCAAUGGUUUGAUGAUGAACGCCUUCGAGGAAAACAGUAAAGUCACCGUGCCACAGAUGAUUAAGUCGGACACAAGCCUGUACUGUGACGAUGUUGACAUUCGCUUCAGCAAGAUGAUGAACUCCUGUAAGGUGCUGCAGAUCCGCUACGCCAGUGUGGAGCGCUUGUUGGAGCGGCUGACCGACCUGCGCUUCCUUUCCAUCGACUUCCUGAACACCUUCCUCCAUUCUUACCGUGUCUUCACCAGCGCCGACGUAGUGCUCGACAAGCUUAUCACCAUCUACAAGAAGCCAAUCAGUGCCAUCCCUGCACGUUCUUUGGAGCUUUUCUUUGCCAGCAGCCAGAACAACAAAUUCCUCUACGGUGAGCCACCCACGUCACCGCGUGCCAGCCGCAAGUUCUCUUCUCCUCCUCCACUCACCAUAACCAAGACAUCCUCGCCCAACCGCCAUCGCAAGCUUUCACUCAACAUCCCCAUCAUCACAGGGGGCAAAGCCCUGGACCUGGCUGCACUCAGCUGUUCUCCAAAUGGCUACACAAGCAUGCACACUACCAUGUCCCCCUUCAGUAAGACCACCCUUGACAUCAACAAACUGUACGUGUCGAGCACCAUGGCCAGCAAAAUCCCCGAUGAGGGCGAGCCCAAAGCUGAAGGCAAAACUGAGGAGUGUGUCCUCAACAAGCAAGAUUUGUCAGUGAGAGAGGAAUGUGAUGAAGACCCGGGUCACACCGACGAGACCGAAGCAGAAAUGUCUCCUCCUAAGUCUCCGUCAACACCUAAGAAUGUCAAGUCUAAGAACUCGGAGUUUUCCCUGUUUUCCUUCAACAAUGGCAUGGUGGUGUCAUCCUGCCGGGAGCUGGACAAUAACCGCAGUGCCCUCUCUGCUGCCUCGGCCUUCGCUAUUGCUACAGCUGGGGCUAAUGAAGGCACACCAACAAAGGAGAAGUACCGCCGCAUGUCCCUUGCCAGCGCAGGUUUCCCCACUGACCAGAGGAAUGGCGACAAAGAGUUCGUUAUCAGAAGAGCUGCGACAAACAGAGUCCUGAACGUGCUGCGUCACUGGGUCUCCAAACACUCACAGGAUUUUGAGCUGAACACAGAGCUGAAGAUGCGGGUAAUCGGCUUCCUGGAGGAAGUGAUGCAUGACCCAGAGCUCCUGACGCAGGAAAGAAAGGCAGCUGCCAACAUCAUCAGAACUCUUACUCAGGAGGACCCCGGAGACAACCAGGUCACCCUGGAAGAGAUCAUUCAGAUGGCCAGGGAAGACUGUAAGACUGAACCAUUUGAGAGCCACUCUGCCCUGGAGAUUGCUGAGCAACUCACUCUUCUGGACCAUCUGGUCUUCAAGGUCAUUCCUUACGAGGAGUUCUUUGGUCAAGGCUGGAUGAAGAACGACAAGAACGAGAGAACUCCGUACAUCAUGAAAACAACCAAGCACUUCAACGAUAUCAGUAACAGGAUCGCCACAGAGAUCCUGCACUGGGAUGAUGUCAACCUGCGUGCGGCAGUCAUCGAGAAAUGGGUGGCAGUGGCUGACAUCUGCCGCUGCCUCCACAACUACAACGCCGUGCUGGAGAUCACGUCCUCUCUGAACCGCAGCUCCAUCUUUCGCCUCAAGAAGACCUGGCUCAAAGUCUCCAAACAGACAAAGACUGUGAUCGACAAGUUGCAGAAGCUGGUGUCCUCAGAGGGACGCUUCAAAAACCUGAGAGAAGCUCUGAAGAACUGUGACCCUCCGUGUGUCCCUUACCUGGGAAUGUACCUGACUGACCUGGCCUUCAUUGAGGAGGGAACGCCCAACUACACUGAAGACAAUCUGGUCAACUUCUCCAAGAUGAGAAUGAUAUCUCACAUUAUCAGAGAGAUAAGACAGUUUCAGCAAACAGCUUACAAGAUUGAUUAUCAACCAAAGGCUGCAAAGUACUUGUUGGACAGUAGUGCAGCGCUGGAUGAGGAGAGCCUGUAUGACGCGUCUCUGAGAAUCGAGCCCAAAUCGUCAUCAUGAAGAGGAUUUGGCUCAGUGCUUAUAUGGACUGUACAGGAACACUAUAUCAUAAUGUACAUAUACUAUUCUUUCUAUUAGACACAGUAGGUCGUUCUCCUCUAGUAUGUGCUCCCUAAUGAACCCAUUGUGUAUAACUGUUAGUAGAGACUGAGUAGAAGCCCACAGAGGUUUUAUUUAUCUAGUCAAAGAGUAUUUAUAUGUUAUUUAUCGUGAGUUCUUUUCAACCACAGGGAAAAAAAAACAACAAAAACAAAGAGAUGAGAGAGUAUUAAGAUAUGAUAUAGUAUAUCACACUGGGAAUACGCUGUAUGUUGAGACAUGGUCGUCACAUUUGACACAUGAUGAUCAACUCCCACAUUUCUGCUCCCAUGUCAAAAUCAAUUGAGAACUUCACAUCACUGCAAACGUAUUUAAACUUUAUUUAAAGGCCCUUGCUCUAUAGGUGCAGAAGCCACUGCUUCUUCCACAAGUGUAGACUUUACUAUGAAUAGCAUGUCUGCUAAUCCUAUAGCUGCAUGAGUGUUCAUGUCAACUUGUACUGUAAUUCAGCUAGGGAUCGACGGCAGACUCCUCCGACGUGAAUUUAAAGAUGAAUGGCACAAAAGUAGAUGAAAUUAUGAGUUACUUCUUUGGUGUUUCUUGAAAAUCAUAAAGAUCUGUAUACAUCUUGUUUUCUGUAGCUACUGAACACAGAGUCAGACCUGCUGAUUCUGACUGAGAUGGGACAUGUUUUUUCAGUUUGGAGAGACGGGUUUUUAAUGCUUUGCUUAUUAUUACUUUAUUCCCCUGGUGGGCAACGUGAUGUAUAUACAGUAUAAGCACCGGGCAGUGUAUGUAGCAGAUGUAACCAAUAUUGAGCCACUUCAGGAAGUUAAAUUCCCAGCUUUUACACUUCGACAGUGAGAGCAUAGUUUUUAUGGUUUAAUCCUCUUUGGCCAGUGCAUUAUGUUUUUUUUUGCCUUAAUCAUUAAAUUGAUUAUAUACCACAAAAAAUAUGUAAACUAUUUUGUUCUACAAUUUGCCAAUGAAGCAGAAAUAUCUGCUGUGUACAUUACGAUGUACAGGCAGUCUGAUGCAUUUCCUAAUGUGCAAUGUGUUAAAACAAAACAUAUCCCUCAAAAUGUGUUAUUCUUAUGAUCGUUCAACUCUGUAAUAACUUUUCUGUGUGCGACACUUUGAGACAAAUGUUGAAAACAACUUAUAAGUGUAACACAUUCUGUAUCCUGUCUAUCCCCAUUUGUUAGCAGGAACUAUACAGUAGUAAUAUUGUGCUUAUUAUUGGAAUAUUUGUAUACGUAUUUUUUACAGGCUUUGUAUAGAACACAUAAGCUUAAGUGGCAGGCAUGCACCACUUUCACGUGUUCAAAUCAAAUCUAUAUCUAGAACAGUAUGUGUACUGUAUUUAAACCCCACCCUUGCACAUGAAUCUUUUACCCUCUAACAGGCACAUCAGAUGUUUGCAGUGAGCAAUACCUAGGUGGUAUGAGAAUUAUAUUUCAGUCUGUUUCAACAGCUUGAGUAAUAUUUCCAGUUUUGUAUAAAAGUGUAUUCUUUCCUGAUUACCUCUUGUUAAUAAAUCUAUUCUUUCUCAGGGGGAGAAGGGUCUGAAAGCUG